AUCCACGUAUGAGUAAUUUGAUAAAAUGUGCCCUAUUUUGAAUUCAAAUGUUGACAGUUAUAUUAUUUGACAGAUACAGAAAAUAUUCGGAUACUUGAUAUUGUGAAUUAAGUUUAAUGUUUCUGUACUGACAUAAGACUCAAGUGGAAUUUGUAACCGUGUAUUGAUUUGAAACCGUGGUUCAAUGUACAUCACUGCAUACAAGUUAUUGUGUUUAAUCAUUAUUGUGGAUUACUGACUGGUAAACAUCAUUAGUCAUAAUUUAUAUAAAUCUAAGGUGAAUCUUACGUUAUGUGUAUAACUGGAGUUUGAACAGAAAAUUCUGUAAAAUAUAUGCAGCAUGUUAAAGCGAGAAAAUGAGGAGCAGCUAUCGAGUGAUGGAGACUCGGACAUCUGUGAUGAAUUAGAUCGUAGACCCCCGGCACAAGAUCCGUGUUAUAGGUGUAAAAAACGGGUUUACCCCGUGGAGAGGAUUGAUGUUGGAGUUUUGUUUCAUAGGCGGUGUUUUCGGUGCCGGGUUUGCGGUCUACAAUUGAGUUUGCGAACAUUUCACUUCGACCAGGAAAAUGAUCCCGACGUUUACUGUAAAAAUCACGUGCCAAAAUUUGUUGGGACGAUAGAUGGAGAAGCUCUAGGUGUGAGGACAGCUUUAAAUGCGCCGAAAGUCACCAAAAAUAAUGAAUUUAGAGGAAGCGUUUAUAAUCCAGCAUGCCAGUACAGCACUGGUUCGCUGGAUUAUUCACACCAUCGUGAGAAAAACUCUCGAACAUCUCUCGGAACUUAUCAGGACUUUGAGAAAUCGGGCGUGUACGCGGCCCAGUCUCAGUUAGAAGAACGCCAGAAACUGGAAGAGGAUGAAUUAUACGCCACACUUAAGACAGAGAAACAGAAAAAAUUAGAGAAGAUAGAGAAGGAAUUAGAGAUAGAGAAGGAGAGGUCCGUACGGGAGAUGAUUGAGGGGUUUGAACAACUGAAGAAAUACAAAGAUCCCGAAACUUUAGAGUCAGAGAAAAAAAAACUAGAAUCGCAUUACAGGAAGAAGAAAGAGGAGAGGAUCCGGAAGUUAAUGGAAAGACUAAGUGCUGAUGCAAAGGAAAGCGUGUCAAAAUUGAUUGAAAAACACAGUCAGGAAAUGUUAGUGAUGAUAGCUGAGCGUCUCUCCGAAGUUAAUACAAUGGAAAUUGUUCAUGAGUGUGAGGAGAUGCAGAUGAAAGACACAGAAAGAAAAGUUGCUGAACUUACACAAACACCGUCCAUUUGUCCACCGGAAACGAAAAGGUCUCAGAUGUUUAAAAGUCCAAAGGAAUUUGAGAAAAUUGACCACCAUGUUUUUGAUGUUGCAAAAAAUGAGUACAUGACCUUUACUGACCUUGUCAAAGAUCUUAUCAUAGAUUGUGAAACCGAUCUGGAAAAGGCACGAUCACUAUUCCGGUGGAUUACAUGGAAAGAUUUGAACCAACUGGACGUUGAUGAGUCUGUGAACCCUGAGUCCCCUCUCGGUCUGUUGAGAGGUAUAAAGUACGGCACAGAGAGCUACCAUGACCUUUUCAAGAGACUUUGCAGUUAUGCUGGUUUAUACUGCGAGGUGAUUCAGGGUUAUUCUAAAGGGGCCGGUUAUAGACCAGGCAUGCGCAUUGAGGGCGACAAGUUCCGAAACUCAUGGACUGCAGUCUAUAUCACAGGGUCAUGGUGCUUUAUAAACUGUAACUGGGGCGCGAGGCAUGUUAAAGGUCAUCAGGUUAAAAGAGAAGGUCAAGCUGAAGACAUGCAAAAGUUUUUCUAUAAAUGUGAUGAAUUUUAUUUUGUAACGGAUCCGGAGGAUCAUAUCUAUCAACAUUAUCCGAAUGAUCCAAAAUGGCAGCUUCUAGAAUGUCCCAUAACGCUAACAGAGUUUAUUACACUUCCGGUUGUGAAAUCGCCAUUUUUCAACUAUGGAUUACGGUUCUCUGUUCAUUAUGAUUGUAUACAAUAUACACAAAAUGGUAUUGUAGUUUUACAGUUAAAGAUUCCAAAUCUUCUUGGGUUUGGCUACACCUUUGAAGCAAAAGAUAAAACGAUCAAUUCUUCCCGUCUUGAAGGGCGCGUGAUGCUGAGGAUUGUGGGUCAUAAUGCAAUAUUUACUGUGGCGCCACCUAAGUCUGGUAGAUAUUUCUUUACGAUCUACGCCAAGGAUGACUGGAACUCAGAAUCUCUUCAGAGUGCAUGUGCCUUCAGAAUCAAAUGUGUUGAAAAUAGAGACGCAAUCAAAAGUCCUUUCCCGAAAGUACCCUUCUUUGGCCCAACCCCUGCAAUGAGUCAGUGUGGGGUUCUGCCUGAAACACAUAUCGACCCUUUAAUUCAUUACAGUCAUGAAGAUUGUUGUUGUACAUUUAAGCUUCAGAAUAGAGAUGUCAAGCUCAGUUAUACCUUUAAAUACUAUGGACCAUGGGAUAACGAAAUCCCCGAUAUUCAGAGAUACGUGUUCAUAAAACACAGAGACGAGAACACUGUUACAUAUCAAAUACGAUGUCCCUUACAGGGUAAAUAUGUCCUUUCCAUACUUGGUGAAAAUAACCCAUGUACUGAAGAUGGUUCGGUUACAUACGAUUGUUUAUUUCGAUACUUAAUACAAUGCAGGCAACCAGGCAAAGACAAACGCCCUCUUCCGAGAGCAUGUCACAGAUGGCUUCAUGGUACAUUGCUGGAACCCAACUGUGGUGACAUUCCGGUUGAUAGACAAGUGACAUUCCGUGUGAGGGCGCCCCUUGCCAUUGACGUCGCUUUGUUAAUUGGUGACGUCUGGUUUCAUUUUAAGGACAUUAACGAUGGCAUUUGGGAGGGUUCUGUGACGACAGGAAAAACUGCAUGUAAGGCGAAACUCUACGCAAAAUUGGAUAAAGAGAGGUCAAGAUUUUCACCUCUUAUUGAGUUUCAGGUGAAAUAAAAAUAUAAUAAAGAAGAUGAACUUUGUGAGUAACACAUCGAUGAGAGAAUCGUCGCCAAAUUAAGUUUUUGAAAACUCAUAACUUUUUAACCAGGUUUUCCGAAGGAAAAAACUGGCUAUUAGAUUGAGGUAUGUCGGCGGGCGGCCGGAUUGGGGGGGGGCGAAAACAAUUUUUUCUGUGCGCAAAUCCUCAUACAUUUCUUAAGGGAUUUUGACCAAACUUUCACAUCAAGUGCCUAUUGUUAGGUUAUGAAAAUACCUUGCUUAUCAAAGUUAUGAAAAUACCUUGCUAAUGGUUGUUUUUGGACCUCCUGGGUCAUGGUCAACGUUACUGUAACUUAAAAUAGAAAAUCAUUUUCCGGUUAAUAACUUGAGUUUGGAAUGAUAUAUUUCAAUGAAACUUUGUGUAUAUAAAACUGAUGUACAUUUAUUGCUUGUGGUUGCUUUUAAAUCCCCAAGGGCCAAAGUCACUGUUACUAAAGAUAGCAAAUCAGUUUCCGAUCAAUAUUUAGAGUUUGGAGUGACAUAUUUGUAAUUUCAGUAAAACUUAUGUAUAAAAAGUUUAUGUGAAGAUUUCGCUUGGGAUUGCUUUUGGGUUUAUUAGGAUCAAGAAAAAGCAACUGUUACUAAAAAUAGAAAAUUGGUUUCCGAUCUACUACUAGAUUUAGGAAGAGAUUUUAGUCAAACUUGUAUAUUAUUCCUACAGUAUUUGAACGACUCAAUUUGGCUUGCUUUUGAGCUCCAUAGGCUCCUUGUUACUGUUUUAAUGCAUGAAGUUAUAUUGUAGGUUGCUUCUAUGUAUAUUCCACAUAAUUAUUAUGACAACCAAACAAUGGUAAUAAUUAAAAACUUGGUUUCGUGGCAUUGCCAUGUUUCUUGUUUACACGUGUAUUUGGCAUUUUCUAUAAUCAAAAUGUAUAUGCUCAAUCAAAAAAGGGACGGAAGGGCUUAAUUAUGAAUAUCUACAAUCACUUGAAUAUCAAAGUUAAUUAAUAAAUAUAAAGCCAGUAUUUUGGUUACAUGUAUAUAGUAAGUUCUGCUGAUAUAAUGUCGCCUUGCUUUUUAUCCAUUUAGAUGGUAAAAUGUCGUCAUGAAAAAAAAACUAUUUCUGAAGAUAUGAUGCCUUUAUUCUACAGAAAUAAAAAAAUAAAAUCGUCCACUUCGCGCAUGCCUUUUGUGGAGCUCCAAAGGCCUUAAAAUCAAAAGUGUGUAUAUGCGCAAUUCAUCCUACACAGAAAUAUUAUAGACGUUCAUAAACAAUACCACGUAAAAUGACGAUACAGAGAAUUAAAUUAUAUUUAAUAGCAUAUUUUUAACAAAAAGGCAAAUUAUUAUUAUUCCUUUGUGACCAAGAUUAUUCCAUUAAAAGAUAUGGAAAAGA